AUGGAGACGAUCAAUGAAUUGCAACAAACACAACUGUCACAUCAACAAUUAGCUGAAAGUGAAGUCGACCCCAAUAAUCCACCUGUGCCAUUUAAACAUGAACCAAAAGAAUGGGAUGCGGAUAUGGAAUUAGCUUUACUGAAUGCCAUCGCACGUUGCAAACCAGUUGGGAUUCAUAAACACUUUAGAAUGAUUAGCAUACAAAAGCAAUUCAACAAAGUCAGUCCGAUAUCUUGUUCUUUGAACGAAAUAUGGGAUAAGUUGAGCGAAUUUUACGGAAUGAUAGCUUUGGAUGAAUUGGAGGAAGAAGACGAGGAACAAGAAGAAGAGGAACGCGAAGAACAAGAUAAAAGACGGGAAGAGGCUGAAAAUGAAUUUUCUUUGCCUUUAGAAGACUAUGAACAAUUGAUUUCAGAACAUCGACAAAAUCACGACGAUUUAGAAGAAGAGGAAGAAGGAGGAGGAGGAGGAGGAAGGGAAGAGGAAGAGCAGCAGCAGCAGCAGCAGCAGCAGCAGGAGGAGGAGGAAGAGGAGGAGGAGGAUAUCCAAAGCACGAGUACAUCAGCCACACCUAAUUCGUCUGCUUUGUCUCCUCCACCUGCUAAACGAACACGAUUCAACAAACGUGAUACGUCUCCAGCAUACGACUCCGUUACUUCAACUCCAGAACCGGAAGAAGGUAAUGGAAAUCGAGUGUUACAAGAAGAGCCUCCAGAGCUAGAAAAGCAGAUGAUACCACAGCAACAUCUGGUCGUCCCUCAAGAAGUAGUCGAUCAGCAGCAGCAGCAGCGGCAGCAGCAGCAACAUCAGGAAGGUCCCAAUCGUCAAGUAGUAAUCGGAAAAGAACAACCACAAAGCGUAAAUAAAAAACCUUUCAACAACGAGAUCCAGGGUCAUUUCGAUCAAAACUGUUUCGAACUAUUUUCAUUGGUUGGUUCACUACAACAAUUGGGGAUCCCAAAAAAUAAGUGAGAUUGAUUGGACAGUGGGUUCUUAUUGUCAAAUAGGAACAUGCACUUUCAGCUGUUAUAAUAGUUAAAAUACCAAUAGUACGCGAAAAUGCCCAUUUAAAACCUUUUUUUUUUUUUUUUUUUAUUU